AUGGCAUCCUGGACGUUGCCCUAUCGGGUCGAGGCUGUCGACCGCGACCCGGGCUUCUACUGGCAGGAAAUCGAAGACGGACAGCAUAACGAUGGAUCAGCCGACUUCUUUGGCCAGUUUAUCAACUUUGACAGCGAAAUCUCAUCCUCCAUGGCCGAUGGACUCAUACUUGGCCACCCUUCCGAGUCUACCGCGUCUGCCUCGUCGGGCGUUUCGACAACUGAAGACGAGUUUGACUUAUUUUCUUGUAGCUCUCAAGUCGACACGACAGUCCCCUCUCAGCCUGGAUCAUCAGUCGCACCCGGCGCAAUGCAUGAUGUUGACCCGCGUAGUCUCGCACUCGCGAACAGCAGUGGGCUGAUUGUAGAGAAGCAUUCCAUGGCACCCCGGGUCUCUAUGUCGGACCCAGAACUGCCUCGAGUUGAUGGUAUCUCACUUCAGUCUUCUCCUGGCAGACGGGUACCUGUUUCGCAACCAUCAUCACCGACACCUCCCAACACCAUGACUAGGAAAUCCAACAAAUUCGUCGAAGCACUCUCAUCAACGAUUCGAAAAGCCAGUAAACUCCGAAAGCCCAGAAAGCCCAUCGCUAUAGACCGUCCGGGAUCUCCGACCAUGGAUAACCCCCCUCGUGCGUUGAGACUUCAGCAUCACGAGUAUAAUGGAAACGACGCAUUCCCUCCGUCGCCAACAUGCGGACCGGAUAGCACUAACUUUGUUCACGGGUUUUGCGACGAUCCCUUUGAUGAAAUCCCUCAGCAGCAUCCUAACAACAACCUCCGUUUCUUAAACACCAACGGUAUUCACACACCAGCAGAGUCUCCGGGAGUUAAGGUUGAGCCUGGCAUGUACCAACCUGAGAUGGCAGGACAAGUCCCUCAACCAGCUUGGCAGCAUCAGCAACACCCGCACGCACACCCGCAUUCCCAUCCUCACCACUCACAAACACAUGCCCACCCUCACCCUCAUCCCUAUCAACAAGCAGUUGCUGGUCAUCCUCACCAACAGCCUGUCGCGGUUGUGGGUUCGGCACCCGAAACUUGGCCAGGACAUGAGUACAUGGCUCAGAAUGCUCACCAAAGUGGAUGGUGGGAUCUGAAUCUCCUUAAUCAGAAUGGCGAGUAUGUUGUCGUUGACCCCCAACAACAAAAGAACGCCAACCUCAACCUUGCCAUGCAUGCCCAGCACGCCGAGUUGCCAUACGAAUAUCAAGUUCACGAUCCCAACACGGCAGGCCUCAUGAUUCACAUGCCACAACCGCGCAACGCUUCUGCGCCUGCUCAUGACCUCGCGCUCAACGCUCAAACCUACCUUCCGCCGCCACCCAUCCCACCAACCACGGAGCGACACCGCCCGCCACGAGCGCCGUCGUCUGGAGCUCGACACUUGUCGUGCUCUCCAAUCCGAAAGACUCGGCAGCCAUCAAUUCCGCCAACGCCUACCACGGCGCACUCACGCCACAGCUCCAACGGGUCUGUUGCAUCGGCCCGCAGCGCCUCGGGUCGGGGUAUGGUACCUGGGACUCCCACUGCCAUGCGCAAACAACGACGAUCCCGGGACUCCAGCGGCGGCAGCGUAGGCGACAUCGGCUUCGUCAACUUCACUCCUAGUGAUGGAGGUCUCCUCAUGACAGGUGUUGCGCCGAGCGGUAGUUCCAAGACCAAGGCGCGACGAGAACGUGAGGCGAUGGAACGAAGGCGACGAUUGAGCGAAGCAGCCAUGAAAGCGGUACAAGCAGCAGGGGGCGACGUCGACAAGCUAAUGGAACAGGGUUUUGCCUUUUAA